CAUGAUCUUUAUAACUGUACAAUUCAUAUGAGUGGUUAUCUGCUAACAGCCUGUUGCACCCCUCCAGCGGUAGUAGAGGCGUAUAGGCUGUGACCGGUUUCCGACAGGUCACGUGAUCACAGCUGUAUGAAUGCGACCAUCCAGAGUCGGGAAACGUUAACUGUGAACUGCCGCCGGCUGCAGACGAAUCGUUAAGAUACUGUGGAGCUACUAAAGCCGUAAUGGAACCUGGACUAAAGUUUUUCUGGCUCCUGACUCUGAGUACAAAGGCGUUUGGCGAUAAACAAGGUGUCGUCAAAGUGAAAGUUGAAGAAGGGAGUGAUGCCAUUUUGCCCUGUUCCCUCAUCACCAAGGAGAACAUUGAGUCGAAGCUGUUUGAUUGGAAGAAGGACGGUCAGAUGGAAGUGUUCCUGUAUGAUAAUGGCAAUAAUUAUAAUAACGGCCGCUUAGGUCAAGAUGACCAGUUCAAAGAUCGCGUCUCACACUUUGAAAAAGAACUGAAGUACGGCAACGCCUCCAUACUCAUCACACAUACGAAGAUGGCUGACAGUGGAAACUACAGCUGUGAUUUUCCACGUCUCCGGCAAAUAUUUCACAUUUGGCUUGUUGUUGAUCGUGACCCACAGCGCCCUACCUUAAAAGACCAAUCAGGACAAAUCCGUGGUGCGGCUCCAAAGCCAUGUAUCACCAUUGUUAAUAACACAGAGGAUGGGAUGCUGCUGAUGUGUGAGGUUUUCGGGGCUUUUCCAAAGCCUACACUGGAGUGGCUGGACAGUGAUGGAAAUGUCCUCCCUGCUGACCAGCAACACGACCCAGAGAGAAGCGGCCACUACUACGUUACCCUCCUCAUCACUGUGACCAAACGCCUCCGCUGUGAAGCCAAGCAGGAGGCCAUCGACCAUAUAAGUUAUGCAGAGAUCCAUGGACUUGUCUAUGGUGUUUCAGAGAAUCUCUUCACUGCCAAAGAAUGGAUGUUGGGAAUUUUAGUUGGAGUUGCUAUUGGAGUUUUUUCAACUCUUAUAGUUGUGUAUCUACUUCUACCUCUGUGUGGAGCUCCAAAAUGUUUCACUAAACAAUCCAACAAAGGUAAGUUUAAUAUAAUGUAUCUUAAAAAUAAUGCUCAGUUUUCAGUUUAUCAGGAACACCUAGCUAAAACAUGCAGUUUAAUGCAACAGUCCUGCAGUAAAUCCUCCUCCAUCAUUAGAUGCUACUUAAUUGAGUUGUAGACUUAAUUUUAAAUGCAAAAAUAGCCAUUUUGGCCAUGAAUCUUCAAUCAAUAACCCACAAUAAUACUAAAAAACCAAAAUCUCUCAUUUACAAAAGUUUUCAGACCCUUUGCUGUGAUACUCAAGUUUACUUUAAUUAUCCUUGAAAUGCAUCUAGAUCUUGAGUGGAGUCCAACUGAACUGAUUGGGCAUAGUUUGGAAAUUAGCACACAACUGUGUUUGUAUGGUUCCACAAUACCCUGCAUGUCAAGACAAAAACCAAACCAUGGAAAUCUCUUACACCUUUUCCAUCAGGGCAGUUUGAAGGCCAGUUUGGUGCCAAUGCCUGAUCUCAGUCCAGUUCUUCACAUUUUUACAGCCAAAGAACCAGCUCUUAGCCAGGAAAACUGGAUUGAAAGUGGCACCAACAUUUUGUUGGUCUAGAACCAAGAAGCGUUUGCAUCAGGGUCUGGGGGUGGGAUUAUCAUGACCAGCAACCAACUAAAACUUGUGACCACCAUUUAAAAAAAACACCAGAGCUAGAGUAUGCAAACGUGAAUGGGUCUGAAUGCUCUCUGAAGCCUCCGUAUAUUAUUGAUCUCACCAUUAAUUUCCUUUAUAGUUGCAUUAAUUAAUUUUAUUUUUUUUACCAUUUGCAGAUUCAGAAAAACCAAAUGGUACUUCAGGAAAGACACAUCAAUGUACAAAUGGUGUUUCAGAAGAGCCAUCCUCUCAACAGUUAUUAACACGGGUAUAGUUUUAUGGAAUUUUGUGAUGCUGUAUAUAAAAUAACAUUUUUUU